AUGGACGCGCAAGGUCAAUUCGGAUUUGAACGAGUCUUUGAUUCACACGGAAGGGAAUUUGUCUAUGGCCCCCAAUAUGCGAUAUCACUACCUUUGAGUUUCGUGCUGCUAAAUGUACCUCCUGAGAGCCAUGCAACCUGGUAUACCACCGCCUCCGUAAAUUCAGGGUAUCUUGAAUUCAAACCCCAUGCAGAAGAAAAGGUGAUUUCAGUAUGCCAAAUGCACCGUGCUGUGUUUACAGCACAUUGUUUGGAGGAUGUCAAUAAUGAAGUGGAUGGAGACGUGAAAUUCCAAAUCAAAGAUCUUCCAACACGUGAUGAUUUUUACCCUGCUUUGCAUAGAAUGAUCAAGCAUAAACUGAAGUGGGGGCCCCAUUAUCAGUUCUAUGGCCGAGCCACUUUUGAAACUGGCGUUGCGGAGUGGACAAAACGCGUUAUGAGUGACUUUGGAGACAUAUUGCAUAAGGCAAAAAUAUAUGUUGCCGUAGCAAUCUCCCAAUAUCCUUACGAGUGUUGCCCAAAUAUAUGGAGAGCAUUUUGUGAAUUAUGGGGGCCCUUGUGCAACACUUUUCAUCAUGGCAAUGGUGAGAUGGGGAUUUCUCUCUAUGACAUGAAAGUCAUUUGUGAGUUGCCAAUCUUAGGAGAUUUCCCAAAAUAA